GUGGGCGCGGCUGAGCUCGGAGAGGGCCCGGGCGGGAGGGGGACGGAGUGGACUCCGCCAAACUGCGUCCUGAGGUCACUAAAUCUGGAUCAUCAUUUAAAGACUUGAAGUGAUCUUUUGAUGUUUCACUUUGCUCGUAACACAUCAUUAGCCUCCCCAUCUUUUUAAAAUCUGAACUUAAAACACAAGUUGGGUUGUUCCAGUUUGGAGCUAAUGUAGAUAAAGCUGCUGUGAACAUUCAUGUACAAGUCUGUGUGUGGGUGUAUGCUUGCAUUUCUCUCAGGGUGACUGGGAAUGUAAACAAGAAUAAGCUAUUUGUUUCCUGAUGGCUUUUAGUAUAUACUGACGGAUUGUCUGGGAUGGCAUCUGAGGCUGAGAAGACCCAUGCUUUACUCCAGUCUUGUAGCACUGAGUCUCUUAUUUCCAGCCUUGGUCUGGGGAUAUUUUGCCUAGUAGCCGAUAGACUUCUUCAGUUUUCAGUAAUUCAGCAAAAUGACUGGCUUCGAGCCCUCUCAGAUAACGCCGUACAUUGUGUGAUUGGCAUGUGGUUGUGGGCAAUUGUCAUUGGAGUCAAGAAGACAACUGACUUUGGAGAAAUCAUUUUAGCUGGAUUUUUAGCCUCUGUUAUUGAUGUAGACCACUUUUUUCUAGCUGGAUCUUUAUCUUUAAAGGCUGCUUUGACUCUUCCACGAAGACCUGUUCUUCACUGCUCUACGGUCAUACCAGUUGUGGUUCUGACCCUGAGGCUUACUAUGCACCUUUUCAAGCUCAAAGACUCAUGGUGCUUUCUUCCCUGGAUGUUAUUUAUAUCGUGGACCUCACAUCAUAUCCGAGAUGGAAUUCGUCACGGCCUGUGGAUAUGCCCAUUUGGAAAAACCUCUCCUUUGCCAUUCUGGCUUUAUGUCAUCAUCACCUCCUCUUUACCUCACAUCUGUUCGUUCAUUAUGUAUUUCACAGGGACCAGGCAAAUGAUGUCUUCAAAACAUGGGAUCCAUAUUGACGUCUGAGGUAACCGUAUGCCAGUCUUAGAGAAGCAGGUGGUUCCGAUAAUGAUAAUUAAGGGUGGCUGACAUUAUCAAGUGAAUUUUUAACAACAUAUUAUAUUUAUUAUUAUAAUUCCUGAAUCCUCUUGCUCAGGAGGCAUGUACACUUUUUUUUUUUAGGGCGCCUGGGUGGUUGAGUUAAG